UUCACUGUUCACCCCCGAGCCCUUCGCUUUCUUCCCUCUCUGUAAACCAAACAAAACUUCCGUCAAAUCCCAUUUCUCUCUGUAAACCUAAGAAGGCUCCUCGAACUUUCGCUCCAUAAUCAUCUUCUCUCUCUUCCGAAGCGCAACAGCACUUUGGAGAGUUUGCCGUCCUGAUCCCUCUCUCUCUCUUGCAGCAUAACAGAGUCCGGAAGUUUAAUACAAGUUGUUUGGAAUCAUUUUUGAAUCUCUUUGCUUAGCACUCAGUGGUGCGAAAUGAAGUUUUUUACAUGAAGGCAUUCCCUGUUUGUAUUAAGAGCACAGCAGUUGAUCAUCUGUUUUUGGUACUGUUCAUACAUAAGCUAAAGUCAUGAAUCAUCAGCAGGAGAAGUUUGUGAGGUUUCAGGAUUGGAAAUCAGAGAAAAGCUCUGAGGGGCAAUUCCCCACAAAAGAUAGAGUAUAUUCAGGGAAACUCAGAACAGCAGUAAACUCAAUUUCAGAUAAGUUCCAAAGAGGCUUGGAAUGUGGUUCUGAAACAAUUGAAAGCUCAAAACAAUCUCUAAAAUCCUGUUCGUUCAACGGCAUUCUGGCCAAAGGCUUGGGUUCUAGGAAGAAAAUUCUUGAUCCACAAGGACAGUUCCUUCAAAAGUGGAAUAAAAUAUUUGUAUUGUCAUGUGUGUUAGCUGUCUCUUUGGAUCCUUUGUUCUUUUACAUUCCACUGAUAGAUAAUGACAAGAAGUGCCUUGGGUUGGACAAAAAGUUGGAGGUCACAGCUAGUGUAUUGCGUUCCUUCACUGAUAUCUUUUAUAUAAUCCAUAUCAUCUUUCAAUUUCGUACUGGCUUUAUUGCUCCUUCUUCGCGAGUAUUUGGAAGAGGUGUUUUAGUGGAAGAUGCUUGGGCAAUAGCAAAGAGAUACUUAUCAUCCUACUUUUUAAUUGACAUUCUAGCUGUUCUUCCACUGCCACAGGUGGUAAUUAUGAUAAUAAUUCCUCAACUUGGGGGCUCAAGAUCAUUGAAUACAAAGAAUUUGUUGAAAUUUGUUGUGUUCUUCCAAUACGCACCAAGGGUUCUCCGAAUAUAUCCUUUGUACAAAGAAGUCACUAGAACUUCGGGCAUUCUUACUGAAACUGCAUGGGCUGGAGCUGCAUUUAAUCUUUUUCUCUACAUGCUUGCCAGUCAUCUACUGGGAGCCUUUUGGUACCUGUUUUCUAUUGAACGCGAAACUGCUUGCUGGCGAAAAGCUUGUGGAAGUACGGCUGAAUGUGUCCGUGCUUCAGUGUAUUGUGAUGACAAUAAUGUCGGAUUUAGCACAUUUCUGAAUAAUACCUGCCCUAUACAGACACCAAAUGCAACACUUUUUGAUUUUGGGAUAUUCAUUGACGCUCUGCAGUCUGGUGUUGUCCAAUCAAUGGAUUUCCCGCAGAAAUUCUUCUACUGUUUCUGGUGGGGACUGCAAAAUUUGAGUUCUCUUGGUCAAAACCUCAAAACAAGCACCUUUGUCUGGGAAAUUUGCUUUGCAGUUUUUAUUUCCAUUUCCGGCUUGGUGUUAUUUUCAUUUCUCAUUGGAAAUAUGCAGACAUAUCUGCAGUCAACAACGAUAAGACUAGAGGAAAUGAGAGUGAGAAGGCGAGAUGCAGAACAAUGGAUGUCCCACCGUUUGCUUCCUGAGAGCCUGAGGGAGCGAAUCAGACGUCAUGAACAAUAUAAAUGGCAGGAAACUAGAGGUGUUGAUGAAGAAAAUUUGAUCCAUAACCUUCCCAAGGACCUAAGAAGAGAUAUAAAGCGCCAUCUCUGCUUGGCUCUGCUUAUGAGAGUGCCGAUGUUUGAAAAAAUGGACGAACAACUGCUAGACGCAAUGUGUGACCGACUCAAGCCAGUGCUCUACACCGAGGAUAGUUUCAUUGUGCGGGAGGGGGACCCAGUUGAUCAGAUGCUGUUUAUAAUGAGGGGAAAGCUGUUGACAGUGACCACCAAUGGAGGAAGGACUGGCUUCUUUAACUCAGUUUAUCUCAAAGCCGGCGACUUUUGUGGAGAAGAACUUCUUACCUGGGCUCUGGAUCCUCAUACGUCGUCUAACCUCCCAAUUUCAACUAGGACUGUCCAAGCCCUCUCAGAAGUUGAAGCAUUUGCUUUGAUGGCCGACGAUUUGAAGUUUGUUGCUUCUCAGUUCCGACGACUCCAUAGCAAGCAGCUCCGCCACACUUUCAGGUUUUAUUCACAGCAAUGGAGGACAUGGGCAGCUUGUUUUAUUCAAGCUGCAUGGCGCCGCUACUGUAGGAAGAAGCUAGAAGAGUCUCUUCGUGAAGAGGAAGAUAGAUUGCAAGAUGCAUUAGCCAAGGGUGGUGGGAGCUCCCCAAGUUUAGGUGCCACCAUCUAUGCCUCGCGAUUUGCUGCUAAUGCGCUUCGUGCUUUACGACGCAAUGCUACCAAAAAAGCAAGGCUGCCGGAGAGAAUAUCACCGAUGCUGCUUCAGAAGCCAGCAGAGCCUGAUUUUACUGCUGAAGAUAAAUAGCUGAGUAAGUUUUCAUUAAUAAUUUGUAUUAGUUUGUUUUGUUGAUUUCAAUUGUCAGAGUUUAUGGAGAGUAUCAGGGCCUCUUGUAUAUUAUGUUGUAUACGGAAAUAUUAUUUAUAUAUUGUUUCAAUGUUCACUGACUUGAUACUUGUAAUUCCCCACUGCUUUAGGCCAUUCUCUGGAACUAGAAUUUAGGCUUCGGAAAAUGCUAAUUCAAUGUAGUCGUUGAAUUAGAAGUGAC